AUGGAGGAUUAUAAGUUUCUAUUUAAAGUAGUGUUAGUUGGGAACGCGGGAGUUGGGAAAACGUGUUUGGUACGUCGUUUUACUCAAGGUCUCUUUCCACCUGGCCAGGGUGCUACAAUUGGAGUUGAUUUCAUGAUAAAAACUGUAGAAGUUGACGGUGAGAAAGUGAAGUUGCAAAUAUGGGACACUGCUGGGCAAGAGAGAUUUCGUUCAAUUACACAGAGCUACUACAGAUCUGCUCAUGCUCUGAUACUGGUGUAUGAUAUAUCUUGCCAGCCGACAUUUGACUGUCUACCAGACUGGCUUAGAGAAAUUGAAGAAUAUGCCAACAAUAAAGUUCUUAGGAUAUUAGUUGGUAAUAAAACUGAUCGGGAAGACAGGGAGAUUCCAAGGCACAUCGGUGAAGACUUUGCACAGCGUCACGGCAUGUAUUUCUUAGAGACAUCAGCUAAAGAGGCUGAAAAUGUCGAGCGAUUAUUUAUGGAAAUAGCUGUUGAACUCAUGGAACAAGCAAAAUGCAAGGAGUUGCCGAAAUAUGACGGCAGUUUAGGACCGAUCAACGGAAAAACAACGUCGGUAGGUGACGGUUCGUGUUGUCUACGCUCGUAA